GAGUCGGAAAUAAAAGAAUUGAGAAGCAAAGAAAAAAAACUACGAGAAGGCAUACGCAGAAAUCAAAAUGACAGUCGUACAGUUUCCCGUAUGGAGUCCAGCAUUUUAGCAGUUCAAAGAGAUAUUGCUAAACUUGAAGGAAAACAUUCCCGUCUUAACAAAGAGCUUAAAAACCGAAUAGAACGAAAGCGUGAUAUAUUUUGA